AUGAAGGCUUUCAUCGUUCUUGUCGCCCUGGCUUUGGCCGCUCCCGCUUUCGCCGCACCGGCUUUCGGUCGUACCAUGGAUCGAUGUGCUCUGGCUCGUGAGAUGUCUAGGCUGGGGGUGCCUCGGGAUCAACUUGCCCGCUGGACGUGCAUAGCCCAGCAUGAAAGUAGCUAUCGCACGUGGGUUGUGGGCCCAAGCAACUCGGACGGAAGCAACGACUACGGCAUAUUCCAGAUCAACAACUACUACUGGUGCCAGCCUUCCAACGGCCGCUUCUCCCACAACAUCUGUGGUAUGAGCUGCAACUCCUUGUUGACCGAAGACAUUACGAAUUCGGUCAGGUGUGCCCAGAAGGUCCUCAGUCAGCAGGGCUGGACCGCUUGGUCCACCUGGCACUACUGCAGCGGCUAUCUGCCCAGCAUUGACAGUUGCUUCUGAUUUGCUUUAGUUUAUUUGAUUGAAUAAUAAAAACUUUCCAUCGCAGCACAUUUCAGUUAAA